AUGAACACUUUUUUUUUAAGUAGAUUUAGAGGGGGCACUUUUUUUUUACAAAAGUACGAGAAAAUAUGGAACCCAGCUAAAGGGUUUCAUACAUAUAAUUAUAUUUUCCAGAAUAAUAAAAAUAUAAUAAACCAUAAAAAAAAUAGAAAUUUGUUUUUAUAUGAAAAAAGAAAUUUCUAUACAAGUAAUGAUGGAAAAAAAUAUACAAAAAAGUUUUGGAACCAUUUAGGUUUUGUAAUUAUACCUCAAGAAACAGCAUAUAUAGUAGAAAGGUUAGGAAAAUAUAAUAAAACAUUAUUGGCAGGUAUUCAUUUUUUAAUACCUUUUAUAGAUAAAAUAGCUUAUGUUUUUUCAUUGAAAGAAGAAACUAUCACGAUUCCAAAUCAAACAGCUAUUACUAAAGAUAAUGUUACUUUAAAUAUUGACGGAGUAUUAUAUAUAAAGUGUGACAAUCCAUAUAAUUCUUCUUAUGCUAUUGAAGAUGCUGUUUUUGCAGUAACUCAAUUAGCUCAAGUUACCAUGAGAUCGGAAUUAGGGAAAUUAACCCUUGAUGCAACAUUCUUAGAAAGAGAUAAUUUAAACGAAAAGCUGGUUAAGGCUAUAAAUGAAUCAGCCAAAAAUUGGGGAAUAAAAUGUAUGAGAUAUGAAAUUCGUGAUAUUAUCUUACCUGUGAAUAUAAAAAAUGCUAUGGAAAAACAAGCUGAAGCAGAAAGAAGAAAAAGGGCUGAAAUUUUACAAAGUGAAGGAGAAAGAGAAAGUGAAAUUAAUAUAGCUAUUGGAAAAAAAAGGAAAUCUAUAUUAAUAGCAGAAGGACAAUCUUUUGCUAUCAAAGCUAAAGCUGAUGCUACGGCAGAAGCUAUAGAAAUUAUUUCAAAUAAAAUAAAAAAACUAGAUUCAAAUAAUGCUAUUUCUUUACUUGUUGCUGAACAAUAUAUUGAUGUUUUCUCAAAUAUAUGUAAAAAUAAUAACACUGUCAUCAUACCAGCAGAUCUAAAUAAUAUCAGUAGCCUUAUUUCACAAUCGUUGUCCAUUUAUAAUAAUAUUCAAAAUUCCAAAAAGGAAAAUAAUCAAAUUCACACUUUACCAAUUCAAAAACAAAUUCAUUCUGAUAUGAACAAUUAA